UGUGCGAGGAAUGUGUGAGAGAAAAGCGCUGUCAGAGAGUGAGAGUCCCGGCUGCUAACCCUGCGUUCUGCCGUCCGAGCCCUAUCGCACCCAGGAUAUUGUUAUUGGCUUAUUCCUCCCUGCCCGGGCCAUGUGCCAGCUCACUGACUGACACCCAGCGGGACCCACAACUGCCAAGCAUGGGGAUCUUGCCGGGAGGAUGGACUGCCCUGGUGCUGAUCUGCUGCCUUGUGACUAUGGAGCCAGUGACAAGCCAGAAUGUGUGUUCUGGAACAAUGAAUGGUCUCAGUGUGUCUGGUGACUCCGACUACCAGCUCUUCACCUUGAAGAACAUGUACAGUAACUGCCAAAUUGUCAUGGGCAACCUGGAGAUUGUACUAAUUGAUAACAAAGGGGACUUGUCCUUUCUAACGUCCAUACGGGAGGUGACUGGAUAUGUUCUGAUUGCUGUAAAUAUUUUCACUUACCUGCCACUCGAAAAUCUACGUGUGAUCCGAGGGGCCCACCUCUACGACAAAAAGUAUGCUCUGUACAUGUCACUCAACAACCAGAUUAAUGGCUCGUUGGGCAUAGAAAAACUUGGCUUCCACAAGCUGACAGAAAUCCUGGCUGGAGGAGUUCACAUAACCAAAAAUGAUCACCUGUGCUUCACUGACACUAUUAACUGGAAAGACAUUGUACAAGAUUCUAAAGCAGCGAUUGAGAUCGAGUCUAAUUCAAAAGCAUGCAAACCCUGUGACCAGGCGUGUGAUGGAAAUUGUUGGGGACCAGAAAAGACAGAUUGUCAAACAUUGACAAAGACCGUUUGUGCAGAGCAGUGUAACGGACGUUGCUUUGGCAAGAACCCUACUGAGUGCUGUCAUGAUGAGUGUGCUGGGGGCUGCACAGAUUCCUCAAACCUGAAGUGCUUCGUAUGUCGUCACUUUAAUGAUAGCGAAGCCUGUGUCCCACACUGUCCUCAGCCACUGAUUUACAACAAACUAACCUUUCAACUGGAACCCAAUCCAGAUGCCAAAUAUCAAUAUGGAGGCUCGUGUGUCAAAAGUUGCCCUCGAAAUUUUGUGGUAGACCAAAGCUCCUGUGUUCGUGCGUGUCCCAGUAACAAAAUGGAAGUUGAAAAAAAUGGGGUUAAGAUGUGUGAGCCAUGUUCAGGGCUGUGCCCCAAAGCCUGUGAGGGGACUCUGCAUGGAAGUACAUACCAGACUGUGGAUUCCAGUAAUAUUGACAAGUUCAUUAACUGCACCAAAAUCCUGGGGAAUCUGGACUUCCUUACUAUUGGAAUUGAUGGAGAUUUGUGGAGAAAUAUCACAGCUCUAGACCCCAAAAAACUAAGCGUCUUCAAGACAGUGAAGGAAAUCACUGGGUACCUGAACAUUCAGUCUUGGCCAAAGAGCCUGACAGACUUCAGUGUGUUCUCCAGCCUCAGUACGAUUGGUGGACGGACUCUCCAUACCCGAGGCUUCUCACUACUUGUGAUGAAAAACAGCAACGUGACCUCAUUGGGGUUCCGCUCACUGCAGGAAAUCAGCGCGGGGAAAGUAUAUAUUGCAGAGAACCAGAAUCUCUGCUAUUGUGACACUGUGAACUGGACAUCUUUGUUCCCAACAUACCCUCGCCAGAGCACUGAAAUCAAGGGAAACAGAAAGAAGAAUAAGUGUGUGGAGGAAGGGAAGGUAUGUGACCCUCUCUGCUCUAACAAUGGAUGCUGGGGUUCUGGGCCAGACCAGUGUUUAUCCUGCAGAAAUUACAGCAGAAAUGGAGUAUGCCUGCAAUCCUGUAACUUCACUGAAGGAGAUGAACGGGAAUAUGCCAAGGCAGGUGUAUGCCUUAAAUGCCACGAAGAGUGUCAGAAAAUGGAGGGAAGGUUGUCUUGCAAUGGAUCUGGCCCUGAUGGUUGUGUGCAAUGUGUUAACUAUAGGGAUGGUCUACACUGUGUGAGCCAAUGUCCCAAUGGGAUUUUAGGAAAAGACAGGCCAAUCUUCAAGUACCCAGAUGCCAACAAGGACUGUCAGCCAUGCCAUGAAAACUGUACUCAUGGGUGUACAGGACCUGAAAUUAAACACUGCACUGGAAUCGCUGCCCCUAUAAUUUCAAGUAACACUCCCACAGUGGUGGUAGCAGCAGUAGUGGCCACUUUCUUUGUCCUGUGCUGCUGUGCCCUGCUUGGUACACUUUACUGGAGAGGACAGAAAAUCCGCAAUAAACGUGCUAUGAGGAGGUACCUGGAGAGGGGUGAGUGUUUGGAUAUGCUGGAUCCUUCAGAAAAAACAAACACCGUGCAGGCUCGGCUCUUCAAAGACACAGAACUGAAGAAACUGAAGAUCUUGGGCUCCGGAGUAUUUGGCACAGUGCAUAAGGGUGUCUGGAUACCCGAUGGUGAGUCGAUCAAGAUACCUGUCUGUAUUAAAGUUAUACUAGACCGGACCGGUCGCCAGACCUUCCAUGCAGUUACUGAUCACAUGCUAGCAAUUGGAAGCCUGGACCAUACCUACAUUGUGCGUUUGUUGGGGAUAUGCCCAGGCUCACAGCUCCAGCUGGUCACAGCAUACCUGCCAAUGGGAUCGCUGCUUCAACACGUGCGCAAAAACAAGGAUUCUGGUGCCAUUGGUCCUCAGCUUCUUCUUAACUGGUGUGUGCAAAUUGCAAAGGGUAUGUGUUACUUGGAGGAACAUCGAAUGGUUCAUAGGAACCUAUCUGCUCGGAAUGUCCUUAUGAAAAGUGUCAAUCAGGUGCAGGUAUCAGACUAUGGAGUGGCAGACUUGCUGUACCCAGAUGACAAGAAGUUUUGCUACAAUGAGAUCAAGACUCCCGUGAAAUGGAUGGCUCUGGAAAGUAUACACUUUGGGAAGUACACUCAUCAGAGUGACGUAUGGAGCUAUGGUGUUACUCUAUGGGAAAUGAUGACAUUCGGUGCAGAACCAUACACAGGGAUUCGUUUGUCAGAAGUUCCUGACCUCCUAGAGAAAGGGGAGCGACUAUCCCAACCACAAAUAUGCACCAUUGAUGUCUACAUGGUAAUGGUGAAAUGCUGGAUGAUUGAUGAAAAUAUUCGCCCUACGUUUAAAGAACUCGGAAAUGAAUUCACCCGUAUGGCUAGGGAUCCACCUCGCUACCUGGUUGUUACGCGCAAUAGUGAUGCACUUCAGUCCCCACUCCCAGGGGAUCCACCACCUCUGUCUGAGAAACAAGUGAGUGAUCUGGAGUCUGACGUGGACACUGACCUUGAGUCUGAAGACAUGGCAAUGCAGCCUAAAACUCCAACUACCCUAUAUGCCUCACGACAAAGAAUUGACUACUCUAGGAGUCAGAGUGCACUGAGCUCUAUCGCUGGGUACCUGCCUAUGAACCAGAGUCUUUGCAGCUCCUCAAGAAAGGGAACAAUGACCUCUGCAGAACCAAUUCCAAGACAUGGGACACGCAGAAGAGAAGACUCACUUGGCCGAACAGUGUCAGAGUCAUCAGAGGGCUGUUGUACUUCUUCAGACCUGGAGACAAUAGAGGAUAAUUCCUAUGGCGGAGGGAGCCUGAGCCACAUUUCUCGCUCUCGCCUUGACAGUGCAUACCGAUCCCAAAGGGAGAGCCUCCUUGUUGGGACCCCUGAUGAUGACAGCGAGUAUAUCAUGCCAGGGCUCAGUCAAAGUGAAAUUUCACGGGAUGGAACACUAACAUCCCAAGGAUCCAGAUCCCUGACACCAUGCCUGGUCAAUGCCACUGAUGAAGAGGAUGAAGAGUAUGAAUACAUGAACAAAAAGAAGCCCAGCUCAAAAGAGAAGCUAGAGUAUGAAUAUAUGGACAUACGUGGAACAGGAGAUGCAAGCAAUGAAUGCAUAGCUUUCUCCCCUGCGGAGGGUGACAAAGAGGGAGACUAUGAGUAUGGAAACAAGGAGGACUACGAGUAUAUGAAUGAAAAAGGGAAAUACACAAGUAGGGAAAGCUUAGGAGAUGGCGACCUGGAGGAGUACACUUAUAUGAACCGGAGUGGGAAAGUAAAGGAUGAAACUAAAACUGAGGAUAAACAGGGCUAUGAAGAUAUGAACUUGGUUGCCAAUCUGCCCCAGCAGUUGGAAAGGCCAACAGUAAUUCCUCAGACCUGCCAUAGAGAGGCAUUGCAAAAAGGGUAUCACCAGCCCCUUAGGGCUUUAGAAGCUAAAGACUGUGCAUUUGACAAUCCAGACUACUGGCACAGCCGGUUGUUUUCUAAGACUGACCUACAGAUGACAUAAGAACUGAAAAUGCAAUUGUAAAAAAACAAACUUCCCACUAAGUUCCAGGAGUGACUGAAUGACCCCCGAGCUAUCUUCUGCUCUCAAAUGAGAAGCAACAUGAAUUCAGUUAUGUGUGGUACGAAGAGCUGAUCAUCUGACCCCCUGCAAUGUCCCAAUGUUAGCUUAUUCACACUUACAGUUUGGUCAUUAUGAUACACAAAGGUGGUUGGGCCUGAUUAAACCUGCAUGCAAGUGAAUCAAAUCUCAACCCACCAGUCAUGUGGCUUUAAAGCACUUUAAAGUCACUGAAAGUGACAUUUUUUAGAGGAUGCAUUUUUAAUGUUCGUUGCAAAUUUGAAUAUGCAAAUUAGGAGUUGUUUCAGUGCGUGGCUGAAUCGUUUGGUGUUAGUCUGAACCCAAUCAUAUUGGCUUGGGUAUGUCCCUAGCUCUUUAGUGGGUGUUUGUUAUACAACAGCAAGAACUCUGUGUCACUGGAUAAAUAGUGUCCCCAAACAAAACAUAGCAAUGAUACAAUAUAAUGUGUUUUUCUAUUUAUUACAAUGGAAAGCAGACACACAACCACUAAUGAUUUGUCGAAGUGGAGACACACAGUAAGAUGCUCCAUUGCCCUAAAGAAUUAGGAAUCUUAGAACUGCAGCAUAUGGGCCUCUAAGGGGCAUAUUUAUUAUAGUGCCCAUAGCAAUCAAUCAGCUCUUUCUUUUUGUUUUCUAACUUGUAAGGGACCGUUCAAAUCCAAUAGCUGAUUGGUUGCUAUGGGCAACAUCACUGGUGAUGUCAGCUUACACACUAUAAUAACUAUUCCCCUUAGUGUUACGCUGUCAUGAAGGGAUAAAGCAUGGAUAGUCAUGGCAUUCUAAUAAAGCUCGGAGACUUAGUGGGGAAUCUAACUGCACUGAUAAAUAGUAGCGGUAAUAUAACCUGACACUGUAACACUUUUUUUAGAGGGAUAUUGUUAAAGGCAUACUGUUGUCAGAAAACAUACCUAAAAACAAUACAUAAUAUUAGGUAAAAUAGUGUACAUUAAAAAAAAAUCACUUCUGAAAAAAAUUUACUGUUUUGUGAUGGUAUGGCAAAUUAUGCAUUUAUAUCCUGGUAGUCAUGUGAUGUUUUCGUUCCACUCUGGAAAAAAAUGAGCUCUGAACAAAUGAAAUACUUUGAAAUAAAAUAAUAACAUAAAUGAACAAAGCACUAGUAAAGGAAAAGCCCCAUAAUUCCCUUUCCCUGGCCACCAUGUUGGAAUCCACAGAUUGCAGCAUUAAAUUAACUAUUCAGUAUAAAAAUGAAAUAGAUAGGCUGUGCAGUUAGUUAGCCAAAAAUGUACCCUAUAAGGGCUGAGGUGAGCGGAUAGCCAGAACACAACCCUUCUUUUGUCUCUCUAACCUGUUAGUAGUCAGUAACCAAUAAUUGACUUGGGGGUGGGGCAUAGGUUUGUUUGCUUUUAAAUCUGACCUGUGUGCUAAGGAUCAGUUCUAACUGAACAGUUAUGUCCCAUGUGGCCCCCCCUAAAGUCACUGAUUAACUACGAGGUUAGAGAGCUGAAAGCAGGUUCUAUUAGGUAGUGUUCUGGCUAUUAUGCUGACACUCCAUGUUGCUCACUCCAGUCUUUUUACACGUUUGGCUAGCUAACUUCUUUAUUUCGCACAACAUUUAUUUACCCAAGUCAGCACUUUGCACACAUGCUCUGACUGCCUUGUACUUCCCCUAGGUAGGGACACAAGGAGUGAUCUAAGCCACAGAUUCCUUAAUUUAUUUCAUUCUGAAGGGCUGCAAAACGAGCUAUGUAGCUCAGGCCUCAGGAUAUUCUAACAUACAGUAGCCUCUGGGUGUGUGGGGAUCUUCUUUAUGACUUUUCUUUCCCUUUUACAAAAAUAUACAAAAGAAGUAAGGUGAUGAAAGUAUCACCACCUAUUUAUAUUCUGGACCCAGAAGCAAACGUUUGCCCUUCUCUGCACGUUUAGUUUAGUAUUCUCGUUUAACUCUCGUUAAUUCUCGUUAAUUCUUAGUAUAUAAACGUUUAGUAUUCUCUGCAAUACUAUUCCAAUGCCACAGCAUCCUCUGUGCAGCCCUGGUUUAUCAUAUGCGCCUUACAGAAAUUCUUCACCUACUCCUGUACUGCCCAUGUGCAAGUGCAGAGGAUGCUGGGGACACCAUUAGAGUAGCAGUGCAGAGAAGAAAAGGACCCUAGGCUGCUGCAUUGGAAAAAGAGUAGUCCCAGCAGGGGGUCUGUAGUAAGCAAGUAGAAUUACAGGGGGUUGCCUAACAACUUGGGACCCCCAGUGAAUAUGCCUUUUCUUGUAGAGGAGACUUCUACCUUGGAUGCCGUUUAACAAGGUAACUUUGGCGUAUGUAAUCAUCAAAUGUAAAGGAAGGAACUGUUUUGUAUACAUAACCCUACCACAUAGACAGUUGCCCUGUUCAUGUAUCCAUGCCUACAGCCCUACCAGUUAAUCUGUGCUUUUCUAAUACUUUGUAAAAUAGCUUUGAUUGUUUGUUUCCAGAGUAUAUUUUUAUAUGUUAUUUUUGUACAGCCCAACCGGGCAGCGAGGGGUAUGCUGUAGGUAUGUACAAAAUUGCCUUUUGUUUUCUAAGAUGGCUGGAGAUCCUGGUGGAAAGCAUGAACUUUGCAGCUGAACAAAGCCUCUCUCCCAUGGGGCCAAUGAUGUACAGAGUUUGAAAUUAAAUGUUUUAUAUUUGUUUUAUA